GGAGGCGGGAGGCGGCGCUGAGGGGGCGCCGCAAUGGCCGUUAAUAUAGGGGCCGGGGCGCGAGCGUGGGCGGGGCGCACGGCCCGCCCGCCCAUUGGCUGCCGAGGGGGGCGUGGCCUCCGCAGGGGGGACGGGGCCGCCGUUGGAACUGGUGGGGGGCACAUGGCCGCGGUGAGGGACGGGGAGCGCGGCACGGGGAACAGCGGGACAGGACAGCCCGGGAUGGGGAACAGCGGGACAGGGCAGCCCGGGAUGGGGAACACCGGGACAGGACAGCCCGGGAUGGGGAACACCGGGACAGGACAGCCCGGGAUGGGGAGAGCGGGACAGGACAGCCCGGGAUGGGGAACACCGGGACAGGGCAGCCUGGGAUGGGGCACAGAGGGACAGGGACCGCGGAAUGGAGGACUGCACCCGCACGGCGGGCAGCACACGUACGCGGCCCGGCCCGGUCACACCGCCCGUCGCUACCCCGGGAGGGCCCGCGGCCCCUCCGCGCCACCCCAGAGCCACGGCGACAGCCGGGCACAGCAGAGCACGCUGCACGGGCGGGCUCGGAGGCUGCCCCGCCACCGUUCAGCCCCGUGUCUCAGCCGCAGCCGAGCCCCGCUCGCAGACCCAGGGGACGCGGUGACCCUGCACAGCAGUGACUGUGCCCGGAGUCCCCGUGCCGCCGCAGCGCCCAGCCCAGCUGCGAUGCCCAGCACAGCCCAGCUGCGAUGCCCAGCACAGCCCAGCAGGAACCCACCCCCAGCGCACAGCGGCAUCCAAACGUCCCUCCAGCAGAACUUCACCUGUCCAAGAGUUUAG